AUGCAGCCUCUCCUGCUCCUAAUGGCCUUUCUUCUGCCCCCUGGGCUGGGACUGCCUUUUCUUUCAGAGGAGAUCAUCGGGGGCCACGAGGCCAAGCCCCACUCCCGCCCCUACAUGGUGUUUGUUCAGUUUCUGGGUAAGGAGAGUUGGAAGAGGUGCAGCGGUGUCCUCGUGCAAAAGGACUUUGUUCUGACGGCUGCUCACUGCAGAGGAAGUUUAAUCAACAUCACCCUGGGGGCCCACAACAUCAAGAAACAGGAGAGGACCCAGCAGAUGAUCCCAGUGAGACGAGCCGUCCCCCACCCAGACUACAAUCCUAAGAACCACUCCAAUGACAUCAUGUUACUGCAGCUGGAGAGAAAGGCCAAGAGGACUGCAGCCGUGAAACCCCUCAGCCUGCCCAGGGGCAAGGUCCGGGUGAAGCCAGGAAAGGCGUGCAGUGUGGCCGGCUGGGGGCAGGUGGCUGUGGGCACUCCAACCACCACCUUGCAGGAGGCAGAGCUGACGGUGCAGGAGGAUCCAGUGUGCAAAUCCCUCUUCCCCGGCUAUUACAGCCAGGCCACCCAGAUUUGCGUGGGGGACCCGAGGAAGGUGAAGGCUGCCUUCAAGGGUGACUCCGGCGGGCCCCUCAUGUGCAAAAACGUGGUCCAGGGUAUUUUCUCCUAUGGAAAAACAAACGGGAAAUCUCCAGGAGUCUUUACCAAGGUCUCACACUUCCUGUCCUGGAUAAGGAGAACAAUGAAGCAUCUCUAA